AUGGAGGAUACAAACUACCAAGAGUUUCCAUUAUUCUUUCAUCAUUCAACCAAGUUGGUUACGACAGCUGAAUCAAGCAAGAAAAAAAAAGAAUUCAACUGGGCAAAAGGCAUGAUUAUUUUGCAAUGCAUGCAAGCAAGUUCAUCGUGUAUAUUUGGUGCUGUAGUGGUAUAUACCAUCAUGAUUUUUGCAAAAGCUACGUAUGGGACCAUAAACCGCGACAUUAUGCUUUUGAUUACCUAUACAUGUAUCUUUGUAGUAGCACAUAUAAUGGUGGCAGGUGUUUCUUUGUAUGCAUAUAAAUCACUCAAUAUUGUCGUAGUGUUUAUGAUACCCUUUGUCAACUUUUUAAUUCUCGCGUAUCAAGGAGCAAAUAAUGCAGGAGUAAACGUUACUCUUCCUUUUCUUGAAAAUACAAGGGACUCUGCCUUAUAUAUGGACAAGUAUAUCGGCUAUGCAGACAGUGCUCAGGAUGCCAUGUUGGGAAAAAUAUUUUUGUCCGUUUUUCUUUUAAUUGCAACAAUGUGGUUUAGCAUAAAAACCAAAUCCAUGCUACAAUGGACUCACUUUCAUAUGUACGGAGCCAGUAUUAGAAAACGAUUAAUGCUGAUAAAGUAUCAAUCGUUUCAAGCUUGUGCAGCAGUGAAAAUGACAGUGAUGGUGGCAUUUUUUCCUCAAGUAGGAAUUAUACUCUAUGCUGUUAGUAAAGCCGAUCGAAUUGCUAAAGAAUUUCCAGUUGGGAUUCAAGAUACACCAUGGACUUCUUCACGCUAUAUCAUCCCAGAAUCAAUCACAUUGUUACUAUUUACACUAGCCACUGUGUCGUGCAAUGCACUCCAUUUUUUUGGAUUGAAUAAGCAACGAAAAUCUGCAAUUUCAUACUUGAUUUGUAUCCUUAUUAUAAAUGUCUUGACUUCAAUAUUUGGUUCUACAUACUGGUACUUUGAUACUAUAUUUUCACAAGAGUAUCCGCGAGUGGUAAUCCAUGUUGCAAUUAUAGCACUCUGUGAUCUAAUAUCAGCUAUACUUUUGAUAUCGUCAAGAUCUGAAUUAGAAACAUGGUUUUCUCAACAAGGUGGUUUUCAGCUUGAUUUGAAUUCAACCAUGGAUAAUGCAUAUGUUACUGGUUAUCAGUAUUAA